CCCGCCGUCUCUCGCUGUCAGCUCUGUUAGUUUUUGUGUUGUUUGCGUCUAUUUUCGUCUCUGUCAGUUCACUGCUUAUGUAUGACCGCCAAACACUGUUGGAUCUUUGCCCCUCUCCCACUGAUAUGAUCAACUUCGACGUUGGUUUUUUGACGUCCCAGUCAUCUUUUUCACCUGGCCGGAUUCCUGCUUUCCUUUCCCGCCCCCUGGCUCCUCUCCCCCGGCGGAAGCGUCCCCGGCGCCGCGGUAGACGUGGCGGCCAGCUGGUGAAAGUUAGGGCACUCCUGGCCCGGCUUCCUGUGGCUUCCCGAAGGAGGAAUGGUGCGGUAUCCGGUCUCCUCCUGCACCUACGCUCGCUGGAUCCCAUCGGUUCCUGGCUUGUUCCUAUCGUUGGUUUGGAGGAAGAGGCUUGCCGCCGUCGCUCCUGCUGGAUUCCCGCCACCUGCGGGCUGUGUGUCGGGCCCCACCUGGAUUAGCUGCGGCCUUGGACGUGCUGGCCCCCGCCAGGUUCGGUCUUGUGAACGCAAGAUCCUUGACAAACAAAACUUUUAUCCUGAAGGAUUUCUUCACUUCCCGCGGACUGGACUUCCUCUGUGUGACGGAAACAUGGCUGAGAGCCGUCAAGCAGCCGAGCCCUCUUCUCUGUCCGGUCAUGGCCGUCCUCUCCGUCCUCACGCCCUUCCUGGCGCUGGUGCUGUGCAUGGUGACGGGCUACUUGUUGCUGAGGAGCCGCCGCCAACACAAGGUUGUAGACCCCGGGGGGGCAACAAAAGCUGGCUUUAAACCAUGGGUUGACCAGGAUCUGCAGGAUGACAGCGAGGUCCCCACACACGAGGAUGAAGAAGGCGAGUGGGUUGACAGCACAGACGAUGACGAUCUCCAGCACGUGCCCUACUCACCUGAGCGCCAUCCCGAGGAAAGGAUGCUGCAGCGAUCCCAGGACUUCUACGCUCUGAUGAACCAGCGCAGGUCGGUGCGCUUCAUCAGCCCAGAGCCGGUCCCACAGGAAGUCAUCGACAAUGUCGUCCGCACUGCAGGUACCGCACCCAGUGGAGCGCAUACAGAACCCUGGACCUUUGUGGUAGUCUUCGACGUGGACACAAAGCAUCGGAUCAGACUGAUAGUGGAGGAAGAGGAAGAGGUGAACUACCGCCAGAGGAUGGGCGACAAGUGGGUGAAUGAUUUAGCUAAAUUAAGGACAAACUGGAUCAAGGAGUACCUGGAUGUCGCUCCAUGCCUGAUCCUGAUCUUCAAGCAGACCUACGGCGUUCUGCCGAACAAGAAAAAGAAGACACACUACUACAAUGAAAUCAGUGUCUCCAUAGCUUGUGGCAUCCUACUGGCUGCACUGCAGAACGUGGGCCUUGUGACCGUAACGUCGACGCCCCUCAACUGCGGCCCUAAACUCAGGCUCCUUCUCAAACGACCGGCCAAUGAGAAGCUCCUCAUGCUACUUCCUGUCGGUUACCCUGCUAAGGACGCCACCGUGCCUGACCUCAAACGCAAGCCUCUGGAGAACAUCAUGGUGCACAUUUGAGUCUGCACAGAAAAUACAUGAUAAUAUUUUGUCAUUAAUAAGUCAUUUGAAUUAAAGAUCUUUAAAAGGUAGGUUCCUAUUUAGGGCAGAAUAUAAGAGAAGCGUGCGUCUGAAUUAGUUAUCCAUAUGGACACAAAUUCAACACAUUUGACACAUAGUUGUUCCAUUUAUUAUUUUUUGUUUGGGAAUAUGAUAAAAAACUACAUUCCACUCGUUAUUAAAAUUGUAAUCAUCAACAUGAAUAAAAAAAUAUGAUAAUAUGACAAUCAAUUAAAAGUUGUAUGCAAGUUCAGUGCAUCUGGAAAAUAUUCACAGCGCUUCACUUUUUCCACGUUCUGUUAUGUUACAGCCUUAUGCCAAAAUGGAAUGAAUUCAUUUGUGUCCUCAACAUUCUACAGACAAAAUCCCAUAAGGACAAUGUGAAAACUUUUUUAUUUUAUUUUUUGCAAAUGUAUUAAAAAUAUAUAACUUAAAAAAAUCACAUGUUCAUAAGUAUUCACAGCCUUUGCUCAAUACUUUGAUGCACUUUUGACAGCAAAUACAGCCUCGAGUCUUUUGGAAUAUGAUGCCACAAGCUUGGCACACCUAUCUUUGGGCACUUUUGCCCAUUCCUCUUUGCAGUACCUUUUAAGUUCCAUCACGUUGGAUGGGAAGCAUUGGUUUUCAUCCAGAAUAUACCGUAGUACUUCCCUGUCGCUGAAAACCAUCCCCAUAGCUGCAUAGCAUGAUGCUGCCACCACCAUGCUUCACUGUAGGGAUGGUAUUGGCCUGGAUAUUGAGCGGUGCCUGGUUGUCUCCAAACAUGAUGCCUGGCAUUCACGGUAAAGACUUCAAUCUUUGUCUCAUCAGACCACAGAAUUUGUUUUUCGUGGUCUGAGAAUAUUUCAGUUGCAUGUUGACAAACUUUUUACUAAGAAAUUACUUCCGUCUGGUCAAUCUACCAUACAGGCCUGAUUGAUGGAUUGCUGCAGAGAUGGUUGUCCUUCUGGAAGGUUCUCCUCUCUCCACAGAGGAAUGCUGUAGCUCUGACAGAGUGAGCAUCAGAUUCUUGGUCACCUCCCUGACUAGACUAAGAUGAAUGCAGGAAUGUACCGAGACAUCCUGGAUAAAAAUCAAAGCUUC